UGUUCGUGAUAAAAUCAGGAUAGGACAGUUGGUCUGAGUUGGAUCAUAUCAAGAAAUUUUCUGAAAAUGAGAGGGCGGCUCCGAAUAAUUGGCGACGGUUAUUUAGUUUAGAUUAUUAUCGUCACCGUUUCGUUAUAUAGUUGGUUCUAAUUUAUUACUUAAUAAACGUAAAAGCCAUCAGUGCUUAUGAUGGAAAGUGACCAAUCUGAAGACGAUAAAAAUGUUAAUGAGAAUAAUGUACGUAAACAAUUUCAAGAAAUGGUUUUGGACUUGAAUCUAGAUCAAGACACUGCUGAGGAGGCUUGGAGCAAUUAUGAGACUCUAAAGCUACGCUAUGACAUGGAAGGCUGCCAAAUGUUCUGGGUGGCGUGUUCCGUCUUCUUCUCAUGUCGGCAACGCAAGCUGCCCACGGUUGGAGGUCGUCCUGAAACCACUGUUCGAGGCAAUUGCAUUUCACUCACGCGGUUAUUGCAUUUUUGCAAACUAACAAUGGUGGAAUUUGUCCGCAAGACACGACUCUGGUUGAAAAUGACCCAUAUGGAUAGUGAACAUGUUAAAUUUGUUGACCAGCUUGAAACAAAAUUUGCUGUGUCAAAUAAUAUUUACAGAAAAUAUAGACCAAUAUUCUUAGAUCUGUUUGUUGAUCCCGCAAAUGAUGCACCAAGACCUGUGCGAUCAAGGAAACAAAAGAAGCCCCCGUGCAAUGCAACAGAAAUAUAUCAUUUCUGCUGGACUUUGUAUAUACUAGUUAAAGGAAGAUAUCCUGGCAUCACACAAGAUCUCGUUAUGUUGUAUUCCUUGCUGCUCUCCUGCAUUGAUCACUUCUAUGCCAACAUCAAAAGUAUGGGGCGCAUGGAUCUCCUCAACCCUCACUGUGAAGGGUAUCCCAAAGACAAGGAAAGCAAUUCCAUCAACCCUGAUCAGUUGCCAGACUCCAUCAUGGAUUAUCUGUGUCGUAAAUUUGAAGGCGUUGUGGUCGAGACGAAAGUUGUGCGUGACUAUUACUGGAAACCUGACAUGAAGAGACUUGUGGAUGCUAAGUUGCUGAAAAGUUCCCCCAAUGGAUUGUGCUUAUUGGAGUGUCAAAACUUUGAACACAAUAAUAAAGAAGUUCGUAAUGCAUAUGAGGCAUACCUGCUCACGUCUGGAGAGUUUGAUGACCGUAUGUUCCUCACCAAUGAUAAAGUUUUGGGCCUUCUGGACAACAAUGGUUCAUCUCCUGUGCCUACGGCUCCUGUCACGCCCAUGCCUCAUCUACCUAAGAGGGGACUUAUGCUGCCAGGCGACCACCACCUAAUGCCCCAGACUCCGCUCAGUGGUCGUCAGGACAGCCCAGGCAACCUCCUGCCAAAGCGCCAGUAUUCACCUCUGGCGGCCGCUGCCACGGCGCUCAACAGACUUUAUUCCCUUGUCAACGGCCGCACAACUGGGCCCUCACCUACCCUGGCCAGCAUGCUUGCGCGAGUGUCACCCGACCCAAUGUCUGCAAUACAAGAACUCCUGACGGAAAUGGGGACUCGCUUCUGCAAGUUUUAUUGCUCUGGAGAUUCUACUCACAAUAUAUCGCCUGCUCAGCUAAAGUCUAGCAGCCAGCCAGAGUCCCAGAAGAGCUCUGAAACAACCCACGGCAAGCCCCUUGAACGCAGCCAUUCAGCAAAUAGCAUCAAAACUUCCAGCAGCUACGGCCCAUCUUUGGAAUUUGCGAAGAUGAGACUAAGAACUGCUCAAAUACUCUUUUUCACCUUCUUGGAGAGCAUCAUCCAAGACGAGACUAAGAGAGGCAUUGAUAUUAAUGUGAUUGUAAAGCAGUCCCUGCUCUUCCGCACGCUAUUCGUGUGCAGCAUAGAGCUUGUGCUCACUUGUUACAACGACCCUCGUCGAUUUCCUUGGUCUUUGCAGGUAGGGGAGGUGCCUGCAUAUCACUUUGUACGCAUCAUCGAGCCUGUGGUUCGGUCCGAGCAACAAUGUGACAACAGACUCUCUAGGGAGCUUGUUAAACAUCUGAAAAGGAUCGAGGAACAAAUUUUGGACAUGCUGGCAUGGCAAACUAACUCGCCACUUUGGACAAUCCUUGAACAAGAUCCUCGAGGCGUGCCGUCAUGUAAAGAUGUUAAUUUCUCUCACCUGCUCGACACCGUUGAGAAAAAUGAAGCUCCCACCAAUGGCAACAGUGCGGCAAAUGGCGACGAUGCGUCUUCUCCAGGACAGUCACUGGGUUCUCAAGCUGCGGCGUCAUCGCUAAUGUCGCCAGGCAACAGAACUAAUCAACUCUCCAGGCCAUUCAGCAGCCCACUCCAGUCCCCACUGUCAUCUGCCGCCAGUGAACGUCUUGGUUCGUCACCAUCUUCAUGUAUGAACGGCUCUGUCAAGAGGGCCUUGCUCUUCCCUCCCGAGUCUCCCAAAAAACGUUUGAAAGCUCCCAAUGCAGAUAAUUCUACGCAUGUGCCCCCUUCUGCUAGCUCAGUGCGACCUGCCGCCGACGCCGCGCCCGUUGGGAAACAAAUGAAUGAUCCAGCAAAACUGGUUGAAGAGGAUUCUUCUGGGAUGCGACCGAGAAGACACGGCUCCCUCGCGCUCUUUUUCCGCAAGGUCUACAAUGUCGCGAACUUACGUCUGGGAGACUUGUGUGACCGACUCCAGAUUGAGAGUGAGUUGCGACGCAAGAUUUGGACAUGUUUGGAGUAUAGCAUCAUUCAGCACACUCAUCUUCUACGCGACCGACACCUUGACCAGCUCAUAAUGUGCGCCGUGUAUAUUGUCUGUAAGGUGACCAACCACCCAAAAGAAUUUCAGGAAAUCAUGAAGCAAUACAGAUGUCAACCACAGGCUGAUUCACUCGUAUAUCGCAGCGUACUUAUCAAACGCAUCUCGGCUGAAACAGGCGCUCCUGUGCAACCUUCAGAGACCGCCUCUCGCACCAACAACCUACCGCCGUCCGGCCUCACGCCCGUCUGUGAUAGCAACGCCUCAUCGCGUUCCUCAAGACGAUCCAAUUUGUUUCCAUGGCAAGUGAACGGAACUUCGACUAACUUCAAGAAUGAGGAGAGAGGUGACCUCAUCAAAUUCUACAAUGAUGUCUACGUCGUGGAAACUAAAAUGUUUGCUCUCAAGUUCAAGCCCAGCAAUCAUGACGGCGUUGCGUCCAACUUACCUCCGCUGUCGCCGGUGCCUAUGGUGCGUAUCACUCCUGGGUCGCCGAGGCGUCGCAUUUCGUCCAGUCUUCCCGUGUACGUCCAAAGCCUCAAUCUUGCAACUUGUGCAGCAGCUGUGUCACCUCGCCAUCCGCUCCCCUACUUAUUCAACUUGAGCCCCAAAAAGGACUUACGCGCCAUCAACUCAAUGGUGCAUCUGCGUGCUAACAACGGAAUUACCAACAGCGGUAAUUACAAGCGUCCCUUGCCAGCCAACGAAGAUUCUGCCUACAAACGCCCAAUGGCUGGUAUCAGUCGACGUCUGUCGACGGUCCUGGACGACAGGCAGCGAUCUUCUGACAGUGGACUGACAGAAUCCACCUCGUUGCCAGGCUCUCUAUCUCUGUCGAAUGGCGAGAGCGACUGGGCGGCCAAUGUGUCUUCCGGGGCCACGGGGUCUGCAGAUCAAGAUGAGAAUGCGCCUCUGCCUUGAGGGGGUAACAAAAAACCCCAGUUGAACGUGCUAUGGAAAGGCGCACUUUUUACUUGAAAAUUUUCAUAUCUGUAAUUGAUUUUAAUAUUUUUAAAACGU